AGACCCUACACGCUGCAAAGGGCAGAACGAGGAAUACAUGCUGCACAACCAACAAAUCUCAUAAAAUCAACAAAAUAUAACGCAUCCUCCACCAGAUGGUUUAAUAAAAACAAGCCAGGCCACAUUGGUGUGCAACUAUGGAGGACCUGCAAGACUUUGGUUCUCCUGGCGCAAGUGCUAAGGACAUUGCUGUGGAGCUCAAAGAUGAUUUCUACUCCAAGCUUGCUGAUGACUUCCUUGGUGAUCAAAAUGGAGACCUGUUGGAUCUCGAUAAAAAGCCUUGGAAAAACCGCAUGUUGGUUCAGAUUGGGUUGCUCAGGGAGGAGCAUGACAUUUUAUGGGUUAAUUUAAUACAAUGGCUCCAAAAGAUUAUCCCACUACAUCAGUCUGCAGAUUUCCGAGGCUUGAUUGUGAGAAACACCACAACCGCAUUGAGCUUAACCGGAGAUGCCAGGAUGAACUUUCUUGAGUCAGAUGUCAACUUUGAAUUCGUCGGACCUUUAUGUGAUUUUAUCGGAAUCGGAAGAAGAGAUUUACUUGAAAUGUCUGAUUUUUCAGAUCGCGCGAAAUUAACUGGACUCACGAAUGGCCUCGUUCUGGAAUUGACCAAUUUUAUUGCACGAGAGAAAUUAGACCCGGUCGUCUUGGUGUCCUGGAUCCGAAACUUUGAGCCUUCAUUCUGUAGUGAUGGCAAAAUCCAAAGAGCCUACAGACUUCUACGUGGCAAUCUUAAGAAUGUAAGGAUACAGUACCGGAACAAUCAGAGGAGCCGAAAGAGGAGCCGUGGGUUGUUGGAUGAAUUUCUCCAGAGUCCAUUUGAUCUUGAAAUCGAUGAUGAUGUUGAAUACAGGAGAAUAGCAAUGUUAAAGGCACAUCGAAGGAAGAAACGGCUAAAUUACAUGAAUUAUUCUGGGAUCAAGGAGGAAGAUGAACCUUUUGACAUUUCACAGACAGAUGAAAAUGAUUACAACCAAACAGAGAAUGAAAACAGUGAAACUGAGGAACAUGGAUCAAAGUCAAAAUAUUCAACAGAGCAUUCACUACGUGAUGUGCAAAAAGAUCCAAGAAUCGACACGGGUGACUGUGUGACACUUCUUGAUAUCUCUGUGCUGUCUUUGCAGAAGCUCUCAGAGAUGUAUGUAGGUACGAAUGAGGUUGCUAAAGUGGUUUCAAUGGAUCUGCUUAAAAAUCACUUCUCUGCAAUGCUUAAAGAAGAUCCAAACUUGAGAUUCCUAAAUGACAAAGUAAUAGCCUGCACAUCCACAACAGGCGGCACCUCUUUAGUAGUGCCACCUUUAAAAUUUCUCCAUUACAUCAGUCAAUUUCUUUUCCAAGUCAUUGAGGUAAUCGAGCAGCAGAUGAUCUUAUUCGAAAAAGAUAUCGUGAACACCAUAGGCGAGAAACUUGGACGUGACAAGCACCACAGUUUUCGGAGUUUUCUGAACUUUGAAGAGAGCGCUGUGACCCGCUACAUUCACAUGGCUUCCGAAAUUUUGUGUCCAAGAGAGGACACCGAUCCUAACUACCGAAGACACUGGCUUGCUUUUUGCCUCGAGAGAAAAAACCCAUCCAGAUUGCCUGUUAAUCGUUCCAAUCGUAUUAUUAGCUACUUCGAAGCAGCCGCCGGACUCGUUCACCAUUUCGAAGAUGUCCCGUUGUUCGUAUCUGACCUGCAGGAUCUUAAUAAAGAUAUCCUUUUGGAGAGCGUCGGUGCGGAUGCUAAUGAUGAGGCUUUGCAAACGCUGGUCUGUGCGGUUGCCAUUGUCUACCUUAAAGUCUUGGGACCCUUGUGGCAGCUACUGAAGAGUGAAGGAGAAUAUCCUUUCUUCAGUAGAUACAUUUUUUGCUUGUACGAUAAGCUGUUGGAAUGGUCGCAAGAUUCGAGCUGCCUUUUGAAGCCAGAAGCUCUAUUGAAUGUAUUCUUACAAGUUCCAGUGCAAGAGAAAAAUUUUCAUCAAGUGUUUAAAUACUGUGGCAUCAUUGCAGAAAACCAGUUCGGUUCUCUCCUGAAAGCUUGUUUACAGAGGAUGAUGAAAGUGCUCGCGGCUGUAAUGGAGGAAAACCUCAAAGAUUUCUUACCCGGAGGGGACUACUGCAAAGAGAUACCCAUGGAAAUAAGCGUUCAGAUGGCAAACUGCACAUUUUCCCAGUUGAUGGGGGAAUAUCCUUUUGGUCAUGCAUAUCCAUAUGAGAAAAACAGACCUGAUAAAACUCCAGAGGGUGGCGUUUCCCAAGAGACAGAAAGAGAACCUCACAGAGAUGAAUCACCUGCAGUCAUGUUACCUCCCGGCAAAACCAUCCAAAAGCAGAAACGGCAACCGUUGCAACGCCACUUCUUCGAAGGGCCGAAUUUCCGUACUGCUCGAAAAAUGAAGGCGAUUCGACUCAAGCAAAAAGCUCAGGAUCACGUCUAUAGGAAAAUGAUCAUAGGGGCAGUUUCCAAAAAUGGUGGUCCCUGUAAAAGCAAGCAAGAUGUUGAACGACUGCUCACGAAGUUAGAAGGUGCGAGUCGUGUAGAGAAAUGUGAGGCCAUUCGCUGCGAGCUGAACUAUCAGAAGUGUAUCAUGGGCUCUAGAGACAAAAAGCUAAAUUACAUAGGUUUCUCCUUAACAGAAAUGCUUUCUACACUGAAGGAUGUCUUGCCCAAUGAGAAGGGUCCAAGUAUAACACCACAACCUCAAAAUUUGGUUCAGACAGGUGUAGUGGGUAAUGAUACCCAGAGCCAAACUGUAUCUCCAGACCCUUAAAGCACUGUCAAUGAUAAAGGUUUAUCAACAAGGGUAUUGAUAUAAAGUCU